AACCGGCGCGCGAUAUUGAUGGCCGUAGUAGACAAAUAGACAUUAGGCAAGCUAAGUUAGCCUAAACCAAGGCAUUCGAUGAACAGAAAAGAUGUUUCAGAUCCGGUGUGCGCCGAGAGGCGAGGGGUAUAAAAGGUGCGUGCGGAGGCCGUCUGGACAGAAGAGCCUCAGGCAGCGGUAAGAGCAGCACUGCAUGAUGGACCCCACCCUUGUCUUCGCCGUCCUGGUGGUCGCAGCUCACGCCAGGGCCCUGCCCAUCCUGAACUCCACUGGUGUAAAUGAACGGUUUAAAAGAGCUCCUUUGGGUGGCAAUGAGAACCCUUUUGAGUUGACAGCAAUGGACAAAAUUAUGGAGGCCAAUGAAUUUCAGACCACCCCAGUCAUGGAGGGCACCAAUGUGAGGGAGGGCGACAUUGCCGUCACCAACAGGAGGGGCGUGAAGACCUGCUUUGCUCGUAGCUGCCUGUGGUCCAAGUCUGUGGAUGGAUACGUCUACGUUCCCUAUUACCUCUCUCCAGAAUACGAUGACAUGGACAGGGUGGCUAUUCAAGGCGGAAUGGAAGGCAUCGAAAACGGCACCUGCAUACGCUUCGUGCCGCGGACUCACCAGAGGGACUUCAUCGACAUCCAGCCCAAAUCUGGGUGCUGGUCCUACCUGGGGGUGCAGGGUGGGACACAGAUCAUGUCCUUGGAGGCUCCCAACUGCAUGUCAGCGGGGGUGACCGCCCACGAGCUCAUGCACUCCCUGGGCUUCCUGCACGAGCAGUCCCGGGCCGACCGUGACAAAUACGUCACCAUCCUGUGGGGCAAUAUCUGGAAAGAUCGAGUGAGGAAUUUUGGGAAGUACAAAACCAACAACUUGGAUAUGCCCUAUGAUUACGGCUCCAUCAUGCACUUCGGAAAGUUUGCCUACUCUGAAGACGGUGAUCCAACCAUUGUUCCAAAGAGGAACCCCAAUGCCAGGAUGGGUCAGAUAUUUGGCCCUAGUCCUCUAGACAAAAUGAAAAUCAACAAACUCUACAAGUGUCAAGUGUGAGUUGGACUGACCCAACCCCGCCAAAGGACACUCGGGGCCCACAGAAGGCAUCAUCUCUCUUCUAUACAAUAUGGAAUAAUUACUUCAGUAAAAUAUGUAAUCA